GUAGCAAAGAACUCCUGUUACAACCUGUGACUAUCAGCAGAAAUGAAAAGGAAAAGGUUCUGAUUGAGGGCUCCAUCAACUCUGUCCGGGUUAGCAUUGCUGUGAAACAGGCUGAUGAGAUUGAGAAGAUUUUAUGCCACAAGUUUAUGCGCUUCAUGAUGAUGCGAGCAGAGAACUUCUUUAUCCUUCGAAGGAAACCAGUGGAGGGCUAUGACAUUAGUUUUCUGAUCACCAACUUCCACACAGAGCAAAUGUACAAACACAAGUUGGUAGACUUCGUGAUUCACUUCAUGGAGGAGAUUGACAAGGAAAUCAGUGAGAUGAAGCUGUCAGUCAAUGCCCGUGCACGCAUCGUGGCUGAGGAGUUCCUCAAGAACUUUUAAACCAUCUGGCUGGAUCUUGUGGCCUUCCCCCCCUACUCCCCUGUAUCCGUGAAGGCGUCCUGGAGUCACUCCCCCGAGGAGCAGCAGCAGCAGCAGUGGGGGCAGCGCCGGGGAGCUGGGUCUGGGUCGGGUGGGCAUUGGAUGUGGGAGGGGGGGUGGUGUGCUUGCUAGCUGUGCAAGAAAUCAGCAGUGGACCUGCCCCAAGGCCACACGUGCCUGGUCAGGCUGGCGCUGGCUUCUGAUGUUCAGUCCCCUGGGCUGGGACAGAUUUUUUUAAUGUCUUGAAACUUAACUCUGCUUGUAGGAGACUUUAACCUUUUUGUCUUUUUUUUUUUUUUUUUUUUAAAAACAACCUCCACCUCCAGUGGCUCUGACUGGUCCCAGUGAUUAUACCUUAUUGGUCGCUGUGGGUCUGGGCGGGCCUGGAGCCAGAAGGCGACUACCUUACCUCCCCCAUGCCACCCUAGGUGGGGGGUUCGGACUCCAGCUCCUCUCCUUUAUCCUUUUAUUCCCAGGCCUCCUUGGGCCCAGUCUAACUGUGGGGACCCUCUGCCAGCUUCCUGAGUUUUGCCUGAAGAUGGCCAUCCAGCAACGGUUGAGGCCAGGGCUGAAUUGAUGACCUCCAGCCAUGGCUAGGGGUGGGAACUCAAAAGCCAGGCAACCUCUGGUUAUAGUGGCCAUUUACAGCCCUCCCAGCUUAGAGGGCCCACUGUUUGGCCUUGUCUGUCAGUGUGGUUCCUGCACUACAGGUGGAGAGGUCAGUCCUCCUCCAGAGCCUCCUGGCCAGUCCCUCCUCCUGCCUGCUCUGGCUCCUCUGCUCCCAUGCUCGCUGUUCCUUUUCUGAUUCUGGUGGAUCCUCCUCCCCUAAUUAAAAUCUUUUCUUGUCCCUUUGAGGCUGCAUGAGGUC